CAUCUCCUUUUCUCCCUCCAAAAACACAACCCACAAAUCACAUUUUCUUUAAAAAUAAAAAUUUUAACGUCACUCUUAUAAUAUGAUUACAUUAACCAAACACAAUUCCAGAAAAAAAGGAAGAAAAAAUUAUGCUCUCUGAGGUUGCUCUUUUCUCCCUGUUUCUCUUAAGCAUUUUGUUGAUUAAAAAAUGGCUUAUCACCCCUCCAAAACCCAUGAAAAAUCUCCCACCAUCUCCCCCAAAGCUCCCAAUACUCGGGAAUCUGCACCAAAUCGGCCCGAGCCCACAUAAAAAAAUCUCAUCUUUGGCCAAAAAACACGGCCCCCUGAUGCUGCUCCAUCUCGGCAAGGUGCCCCUUCUCGUCGCAUCUUCAGCUGAUGCAGCUAGAGAUAUAUUGAAAACCCACGACCAAAUCUUCUCAAACAGACCCAAUUCAUCCGUAGCAAACGCGAUUUACGAAUGCAAAGACAUCGCCUUUUCCGCCUAUGGGGAUUAUUGGAGGCAGAUGAAGGGCAUUUGCGUCAAUCACCUCUUGAGCAGUAAAAAGGUCCAGUCUUUUAAGGAUGUGAGAGAAGAGGAGGUGUUUUUGAUGAUGGAGAGGAUUAGGGAGGCGAAAUCGGUGGUUAAUUUGAGUGAGAUGUUUGCUGAUUUUGCUAAUGAUGUGAUUUGCAGAGUGGCUUUGGGGAGGAAGUAUGGUGAUGGUGGGAAGUUCAAGAAGGUUCUGGAAGAAUUGGGUGUUUUGUUGGGUAGUUUUGAUGUGGGGGAGUUUGUGCCUUGGCUUUGGUGGAUCAAGUUUGUGAAUGGGAUGAGUGGGAGAGUCAGGGGAGUUGCUAGAGAUAUUGAUGAGUUUUUGGAGUUUGUGGUGAGAGAGCAUGUUGGUGAGAGAGGGGAAGGGGAGAAGGAUUUUGUGGAUGUUUUGCUUGAGGUGCAGAGGAAUGAGAGAGGUGGCUUUGUUCUUGACGAUGUCUCUAUUAAAGCUCUCAUUUUGGACAUGUUUGCGGCUGGAAGUGAUACAACGUUCACACUAAUGGAGUGGACGUUGUCCGAGCUCAUACGACACAAGAAAGUCAUGGCGAAAUUGAAAGCAGAGCUAAAAAGAAUUGCAGGCUGCAAUUCAACCAUAGCCGAAGCAGAUUUAGAAAAAUGCCUGUAUUUGAAAGCUGCGAUCAAGGAAACCUUAAGGCUGCACCCUCCCCUCCCUCUACUCGUGCCACGUGAAUCAACACACGACGUUAAGCUAUUAGGCUAUGACAUUGCAGCUAGGACACGGGUGGUUAUCAACGCAUGGGCUAUUGGGAGGGAUCCGCUGUUAUGGGAAGAUGCAGAGGAGUUUAUGCCCGAGAGAUUCUUGAAUACUUGCAUUGAUUUCAAAGGGCAGUUUCAGUUCCUCCCCUUUGGCGCUGGCCGGAGGGGAUGCCCUGGGGGUGCAUUCGCCCUCGGAUCUGUAGAGCUUCUGCUGGCAAAUUUGGUGCUUGGAUUUGAGUUUGCUUUACCGGGCGGAGUGAGAGGGGAAGAUUUGGACAUGGUUGAAGGUGAUGGACUAACUAUUCAUAGAAAGUUCCCACUUUGUGUCGUUCCUAUUUGUGAGUCUUGAAAAUUUACAAUAUUUCAUGGGAUUUCUGCCUAUGUAUAUAUGGAAAAUAAAUCGGAAGCAAGUUGUGUAACA